AUGCCGCCGUUGCUCCGCCGUCCCGACCUCCGCAUCCUCCUCCUCCUCCUUCUCCUCCUCCUCGCCCUGCUGCUGCCCCGGCCGGUCCCGGCCCGCCGCCCCGCGGCCCCGCGCCCCGCCGCCUCUCUGCUCCAGGCUCUCGGGCUGCACGACUCGCCCCGGGGCGCCCCAAAGUCCCGGUCCGUGCCCCCCAUCAUGUGGCGCCUGUUUCGUCGCCGGGACCCCCAGGAGGCCGGGCUCAGCUCACGACGGACGCCCCCGGGGGCCACCGCACGACCGUGUCGCGUGGAGGAGCUGGGGGUCGCCGGGAACAUCGUGCGCCACGUCCCGGGCCGCGGUGCCCGCGCCCGGACCGCGGAGCCCUCGGCGCCAGAGCGGUGUCCGACGUGGACUCUCCUCUUCGACCUGUCGUCUGUGGAGCCGGCCGAGCUCCCGAGCAGAGCCCGCCUGGAGCUGCGCUUCGCGGGGGAGGGAGCGGCGGCGGAGACGGACGGCGGCUGGGAGCUGAGCGUGGCGCAGGCCGGGGACGUGGGCGCGGGCCCGGCGCCGCUCCGCCAGGCCGUGGCCUCCCUGCGGGCACCGGUGCGCGCCGAGCUGCUGGGCGCCGCCUGGGCCCACAACGCCUCGGUGCCGCGCAGCCUCCGCCUGGUGCUGGCGCUGCGCCCCCAGGCCGCGGGCCCCUGCGGGCACCUGGCUGAGGCCUCGCUGUUGUUGGUGACCCUGGACCCGCGCCUGUGCCACCCUUUAGCCCGGCCGCGGCGCGAGGCCCAGCCCUCAGCGGGUGGCAGCCACGGCGGCUCCUGUCGCGCCAGGCGGCUCUACGUAAGCUUCCGCGAGGUGGGCUGGCAUCACUGGGUCAUCGCGCCGCGCGGCUUCCUGGCCAACUACUGCCAGGGCCAGUGCUCGCUGCCCGCCACGCUGCCCGGGCCCGGGGGGCCGCCCGUGCUCAACCACGCCGUGCUGCGCGCGCUCAUGCACUCGGCAGCCCCCGGGCCCGCCGGCCUGCCCUGCUGUGUUCCCGCGCGCCUGUCACCCAUCUCCGUGCUCUUCUUCGACAACAGCGACAACGUGGUGCUGCGGCACUACGAGGACAUGGUGGUGGAUGAGUGCGGCUGCCGCUGA